UAUUACCGCAUCCACGAGACGUCUUGAGAAAAUCCGGCUGCUGGAUCCUAUAAGAGUCCCCGUGAAUUCGUUGUUAGAGAGAUCCUUUUUCGCCGCAGUGGCCGUGAUCCGAUCUGGACGUGCGGGUGUGCAACGUGCUCGUCUCAUAGGGAUCCUGUUAAGGAUCGAUAAUUGACAAUUGAUAGCGCGACGAUGACAACGAUAACAGUGCAGGUGUUGGUGCUUCUCAUGGUGACUGUGGCCAGUUCCUUACCGCUCGCCAAUGUGCACGUGAAAUUCGUAUCGCCACCUAAUAUAUACGAGCAUAGCGUUACAACAGACGGAGAUCGAACGGUAGCCCAAAAGUCGUUUAUAUCAAUCGGCCGACGAAGCACAGCCAAGCAUUCUAAGAAUCUCGAUUAUAAUUAUAGGACGAGUUUCCAACAAAAUCAUUUACAGCAUGUGAUAUCGGGUUCGGAAAACGCUGAAUCUCUGUGGCCAAUUGGUGUUUUCCUGCCACCAACUGACAUCAAUGAUCUUGGAUAUAGCUGGCAAGAAGUGUCGCAACGAGUCCCCAAUUUCUACAAAUCACAGCAACGAGAUCCAUAUUUAUUGACCGACCGUGAAGCAAUGAUAGCAGUCAAAUAUCUCUAUGGAUUAGGUGAACUUUUCUUCGAUAAUUAUCCUCAUGUAAGAGCGAUACUACGAAAUCAGGAAGAAAGGAGACUGAACGGUUUGCAUGGACACGUUUUGGGCAGCCUAAAUCCUAGAUCUCCGUUUCACAGGAAAGAUAGAAAGGAUCAACUAAUCUAAGAAUGAUUUACGUUUAUAUUAUUGGGCACAAAAAUUCAAACAUGAGCUGAAUUUUGCAGUACGUAAUAUAUGUUUUUAUUACGAUUUCCAGAAUUUUGUGGAUAUACUGCCACAAGAUGUAACAAGUUAGAAACUAACGUGUAUUUUCGGAAGGAACAGGAAUAAUAUAUAUUCAAGAUUAUGUUUUAAACUAAUAAUUAAUAAUAACAUAUAAAAUGUCCCACCAGUGCUGUGUCAAUGCUUAAUGGCAAAUUUUUGUAUAAUAUAUUUUUCUCAAAUUAAUUCCAAAUUAACAAAAUUAAUUAAUAUACUA